AAAACCAGCAUAGGACCAGCAUAAACCAGCUCAAACCAGCAUACCAGCUCCAAAACCUACCUUAACCAGGUUUUUUCAGCAGGGGCAUCAUUUCAAAAUAGCCAAUGGGUGAAGCUUGAUGUCCAAAAUAACUUCCCCUCCCUCUUGCAAUGGACAUCUCUUGUCUUCUCUGAUGAUGUGUUUACUGGCGUGAGGGUUGGACAACCUGUCACUCACAUGAGAUCACAGCAAUAGCAAACCACAACCAUCCAAUCAAUUCCGAUGGACAAAGUCCCUCCCUACAUUUUUUUUUUUUUUUUUGUCCAAUAAGCUGUUUCACUCAAAUAUACGUUGCAAUAGAGAAGAAAAGACUAUCGCAACUUCUGUUUCAUGCUGACUUCAACCUGCUUCUGCAACGGAGAAAUAAAAUUGAAAUAACUUUGUGGCAAGGGGGUGUGGUUCAGCGGAGUCGGCAGCGGGAGAGAGAGUCAGGAGACGAACGGUGAGUGAGUGGGUUAAAUGCAAAUGACGAACACCUGUCUCUUGUUUCAGUAAUUGGUGUGGAGAGAGUAUAUAACACCAGGAGAAACAGGAGUGGGAGAGAGAGAGAAGGACUACUGACUGCUGCCCCGCUGGAUAUGUCUUUUGUUGAGAGAGAAUUGUGAAUGAUUUAUGACCGCUUUGUGCCUGUCUGCACCCCUUUGUUUUGUAUAUGGUGAAUUGGUUAAAAUAAAGCAGUCAGUAGUCAAGCCGACCCUGUCCUCUUCCUUCCUGAAUCCUAAACCUUGCUACACUGGUGCCGAAACCCGGGAAGGAAGACGGAAGCCGCCGCCAUGCAAUCGUCCUCCGGAUCGCCAUUUGCGGAGAUUAUCACCUCCCUCGCGGUCAUGCAACAAGAACAACACCAGGCCCUGCUGGACUUGAGACAGGAUCAAGAGAGGUGCCUCCAAGUCGUUGUUCAAGCCCAGCAGGAAGACCGCGAGAGGUUCCGGAGCUGGAUUGACCGGGAGGUUCGACUGGAAGCCCUGGAACCUCGAGCUGUGCCCGCCCACCUACCACUCAAUAAAAUGGGAUCUGAGGACGACCCGGAGGCAUUCAUCGACCUCUUCCAGAAGACGGCCGAGCUGCCGGGCUGGCCGCGGGACCAGUGGCCAAUGCGCCUGGUCCCGUUGCUCUCCGGGGAGUCCCAGAUAGCGGCACAGCAGCUUCCGGUGCAGAAUCUCCUGGUCUUCGACGACCUGAAAAGGGCCAUCCUCCAGCGGGUCGGCCAGAGCCCUGAAGAACAUCGCCAGCGGUUCCGUUCCCUGGAACUGGGCGAGUCCGGCCGACCGUUCGUGUUGGCCCAACAGCUCCGGGACUCCUGCCGCAAAUGGCUGUUGGCUGAGGGAAGUGACGUGGAGAAGAUUGUCGAUCGAGUGGUACUGGAGCAGUUCAUUACUCGGCUCCCACGGAGGACAGCCGAGUGGGUCCAGUGCCACCACCCCACGUCGCUGGACUCGGCCAUCCACCUCGCGGAGGACCAUAUGGUGGCGUGCCCAGGGGUCGGCGAACCCCUCCCAUCUGUCUCUCUCUCUCCUUCUUCCCCUUCUGUUCCUCUCUCUCGUCCUGUCCCUCUCCCCAGGUCCCGCCCACCUGUCCAUCCUCGAGUCCCGCCCCGGGGGCGAGGCGGGUUUGACCAGAGCCAGUUUGGGGGUCCCAGAGCCCCGCCCAGGAGGGCGAGACUGACUUCUGCUGGACAGAACCCCGCUCCUGUUUCUCCGCUUUCUCCACGCCAAUCAUUUACCCCACUCCCUGCCACUGGGGCGGCGGGGAGGUCUGGGCCAGCCUGUUGGCGUUGCGGGGACCCGGAGCAUUUCGUGGACAGGUGCCCAGUGAUGGAGGUUGGGACAAUGGUCCGGGUCCCGGACGCCCCGCAGGCUGCCCCCGGUCAAGCUGGCUGGUAUCAAAUACCUGUGAGUAUCAAGGGGGGUACCUAUCAGGCCUUGGUGGAUUCAGGCUGUAACCAAACCUCGAUCCAUCAAAGCCUGAUUUCAUCCGGGGCAUUGGAUAUAAGCCGCGUGGUUAAGGUGCGGUGUGUACACGGGGAUGUGGUGGUAUAUCCGGUAGUGCCGGUCAUUAUCCAAUUCAGGGGCCAAAAGCAUAGCGUUGAGGUGGCAGUUAAUCCGCACCUCCGGCAUCCGUUAAUUUUGGGGACAAAUUGGCCAGCAUUUUCUUAAUUAUUGGGUUGUUUAUGCACGGAUGCCUCUUGGGGGAAAAAGGCGAUGGUUGGGGAUGCACAAGUACAGGCGGGAGAGACUGAACGGGGACCACUGAGUGCUGCUUCAGGGGAACAGAGUGAAAUUGAGAGAAUAAUUCUCUCGGAUCGCGAUGACUUUCCCCUGGAGCAGUCUCAGGAUGAGACACUAAAACGUGCAUUUGAGCAGGUCCAAACCAUCGACGGGCAGCCUCUCCAGCCUGGAUGGGCGCUUACCUAUCCAUAUUUUGCAGUUAUAAAAAAUCGGUUGUAUCGGGUGACCCAAGACACCCAGACAAAAGAAGAUACAACCCAGUUGUUAGUUCCAAGGAGCCGCAGGGAAAUGCUUUUCCAAGCGGCUCAUUCUAAUCCAAUGGCUGGACACUUAGGGCAGGCAACGACACUAAAUCGCAUCAUGACCCGAUUCUUUUGGCCGGGCAUUCACGAGAAUGUGCGCAGGUGGUGCACGUCUUGUCGUGAAUGUCAGUUGGUAAAUCCACCGGCCACCCCAAAAGCGCCUUUGCGCCCCCUCCCAUUAAUGCAGGUCCCCUUCGAGAGAAUUGGUAUGGACCUCAUCGGGCCAUUAGAGCGAUCAGCCAGGGGACAUCGCUUUGCAUUAGUCAUUGUGGAUUAUGCAACUCGAUAUCCUAAAGCAGUGGCCCUCCGCAGCAUUUCCGCGAAGAGUGUUGCGGACGCACUGUUUAGUUUAAUCUCCCGGGUGGGGAUUCCAAAAGAAAUCCUCACCGAUCAAGGCACGGCGUUUAUGUCACGUACUUUACGCGAACUUUACGAAUUAUUGGGCAUUAAAACGGUCCGUACCAGCGUCUUUCAUCCACAAACUGACGGGCUGGUCGAACGUUUUAAUCGCACGCUUAAAACCAUGAUUCGUAAAUUCGUGCAAGAAGACGCCAAAAAUUGGGAUAAAUGGUUAGAACCCCUGUUGUUCGCUGUGCGAGAAGUCCCGCAAGCCUCCACGGGGUUUUCCCCCUUCGAGCUUCUCUACGGACGCCAGCCCCGCGGGGUACUGGAUGUCCUGAGAGAAACUUGGGAGGACGGACCAUCUCAGAGUAAACACGAAAUUCAGUAUGUAAUGGACUUGAGAACAAAACUCCACACUUUGGGGCGGCUAUCAAGCCGGGUGCUCAGAUGGCUGUGGCCAACUUCCUCUCCAGAAAUGGGGGGGGGCUGCAGGCCGGAUGGCUCCCCGGCCUGAGUCGGGCGGUGGGGGUAUGUCUGUUGUUGAGAGAGAAUUGUGAAUGAUUUAUGACCGCUUUGUGCCUGUCUGCACCCCUUUGUUUUGUAUAUGGUGAAUUGGUUAAAAUAAAGCAGUCAGUAGUCAAGCCGACCCUGUCCUCUUCCUUCCUGAAUCCUGAACCUUGCUACAAACUUGUUUGUUGAAAAUACUCUUAACUGCCACAUUAUCUUCUGUCAAUUAUAUUUAUGGACUCAGUUGGUAGGCAGAAGCCUUUAUAGGCCAAAGCCACAAGAAAAAGGAAUUGAAGG